AUGAGGAGCCCGCGCGAACUCGCGGACCGCUCUAAAUACUGCCGUUUCCACCGGCAGCCCGGUCACGACACCGAGGAGUGUCGAGAAUUAAAAAGGCAAAUUGAGGAGCUCAUCCGUCGAGGACAUCUCGGCUCAUACCUCCGGCCAGAUAAGGAGCUCUCGCCACGCCCGGAGGGCCCCAUCGAGCGGCACAUAGAUGUCAUAACCGGCGGGCCAGCGUCCGGAGGGAGUUCCACGGCGGGUGGAAAGGCAUACGCUAGGGCCUCCCGGGCUGAAGCUUUCAAACAUGAAAAGGGUCCCGAAGUCACCUUCCCAACCGGGGAACCUGAACCAACCGAACAUGAUGACGCGUUGGUAAUAUCAGCCAGAAUUGCCAACGCGCAAGUGAGUAGGAUCAUGGUCGACACUGGGAGCUCGGCCGAUAUACUAUAUUGGGACGCCUUCCCAAAGCUCGGCCUGGUAAAGGAGAACAUGAAGCCGGUAAGCUCAACACUCACGGGGUUCACCGGCGCCUCGAUCUCGUCACUAGGGAUCAUCACCCUGCCCCUGACUCUGGGAGCCUUCCCGAAGGCAAAAACGGUGAUGACCUCCUUUUUGGUGGUCGACCUCCCCACGGCAUACAACGCCAUCCUAGGACGGCCAACCCUCAACAAGACCCGAGCCGUCAUCUCAACGUAUUAUCAAACCAUCAAGUUCCCGACCCACGAUGGGGUCGGGGAAGUGGCGGGAAACUCCUGGGAGUCUAGGCGCUGCUAUUUGACCGCUGUGUCAUUAAACAAGAGAGCGAGGAUCCAAUCCCCACUGGAGGACCCCCGGGAGGGAAAAAAAACGACCCCCCGCCCCGAGCCGAAAGAAUCUACCAUCGACUUGCCACUGGUAGAAGGAAGUCCCGACCGAACAGUCAAAAUCGGGUCGGGACUGCCCGAACAAGAACAACGACAACUCGUCGGCCUUCUACAGGCCAACGCCGACAUCUUCGCUUGGACACCGGCCGACCUAGCGGGAGUCCAUCCAGAGGUCGCGCUACACCACCUGAACAUCUCGUCCGACGCCCGCCCGGUGAAACAAAGGCCCAGGCGGCAGGCCCCGGAUCGACAGCUGGCCAUCCGAGAAGAAGUAAACCGGCUUCUGGCGGCCGGUUUCAUUGAAGAAGCAAGAUACCCACAGUGGCUCUCCAAUAUCGACCAGCUGGUCGACGCCACGGCCGGCCACGCCCGACUAUCGUUCAUGGACGCCUUCUCCGGGUACAACCAGAUCAGGAUGGCACCCGAAGACCAAGAACACACAGCCUUCCUCACCGAGCAGGGGAUAUAUUUUUACAAAGUUAAGCCGUUCGGAUUGAAAAAUGCAGGGGCAACCUACCAGAGGACGGUGAACAAGAUGUUCGCACACCAGAUCGGACGAAACAUGGAGGUGUACGUCGACGACAUGAUCAUAAAGAGCCGAACGGCGGAAGCUCAUCCUUCCGACCUGGCGGAAGCUCAUCCUUCCGACCUGGCGGAAGCAUUCGACACUCUGCGGAGGUUCGGCCUGCGCCUCAACCCCGCCAAGUGCGCCUUCGGCGUGACCUCGGGAAAAUUCCUCGGAUUCAUCAUACACGAGAGAGGGAUUGACGCCAACCCAGAAAAGAUACAGGCUAUCAUCGACAUGCAGCCCCCUCGGACGAUCAGAGACCUGCAGCGCCUUAACGGGAGGCUAGUCGCUUUGUCGCGUUUCCUCUCCCGAUCGGGAGAUCGCUGCCACUCUUUUUUCCAGGCCCUGAAGGACCCGAAGAACUUCCGAUGGACGGCGGAAUGCGAGAAGGCCUUCGAGCAAAUGAAGCUACACCUGGCCAGCCUCCCGCGACUCGCUUCGGUCUCCCCGGGGGAGAAGUUGAGUCUCUACCUUGCCGUCUCCCGGCACGCGGUCAGUUCGGUUCUAGUCAAAGAAAUGUCCGGCGACCAACUGCCGGUCUACUACGUCAGCCACAUGCUGAGCGGGCCAGAAGAACGCUACCCGCCGAUCGAAAAGCUGGCGCUGGCGCUCGUCCUGUCGGCACGGAAGCUCCGCCCUUACUUCCAGGCCCACCCGAUAGAGGUAGUAACUGAUCAACCGCUUCGGCUUGUUCUGUCCAAAUUCGACGUUGCAGGGCGUCUCCUCAAAUGGGCAGUGGAGCUCGGCGAGCACGACAUACAGUACAUACCUCGGACCGCCAUCAAAGCCCAGUCUGUGGCAGACUUCAUCGCGGAGCUAACCCCGAACACAGGCGAAGAACUCGAGCCACCGCGUGACACGUGGACCCUCCACGUAGAUGGCUCGGCCAACGCAAAAGGCGCCGGCGCGGGGCUGGUACUGGUAACACCUGACGGCCGCUCGAUUGAGCGCUCCUUCCACUUCAGGUUCAGGGCCACCAACAACGAGGCAGAAUACGAGGCUCUCCUAGCGGGGCUCCAGUUGGCACUGGAGAUGCGGGUGGCCGACAUACGCGUCAUCACCGACUCACAGCUGGUGGCUAGGCAGCUCGGCGGCGAAUACGAGGCUCGGGACCCGACUAUGGCGAAAUACCUAGCACAGGUGAAAAGCCUUGCCGCCAAGUUCGCCCAUUUCGAAUUGUCGAAUGUUCCCAGGGGCGAGAACCAGCGAGCCGACAUCCUGGCCAAACUGGCGUCCGGCCCGGCCCCUUGGGCUCGGCCCGAGACUGAAGAACUCCCCCGCCGAGCCAUAGAGGUCGUCGCCACCGUCGCCCACAACGCGCCGGCAACUUGGAUACAGGAGAUGUUACGCUUCAAGCAGGACGGAACCCUGCCCGACAAUGCAACUGCAGCUCGGCGCUUGCGUCGGACGCAGGCGUGGUACGCCGAGGAAGGAGGACGGCUGUACAAGCGGUCCUUCUCGCGCCCCCUCUUGCGCUGCCUGGAGCCGAGCGAAGCCCGGACGGUUCUGUCCGACAUGCAUGAAGGGGCCUGCGGGGAGCACAUAGGCGAACGAGCCCUGGCGCACAAGGUACUCCGACAGGGAUACUACUGGCCGACCCUGCGCCAGGACGCGAAAGCUUUCGUGCGGCGAUGCGGCUCGUGCCAGGAGCACGCCCGCACCGCCCGGCGGCCGGCGGUCCUGUUCACCCCCGUCGAUUGUGCAUGGCCAUUCGCGCAGUGGGGGCUGGACAUACUCGGGCCUCUCCCGCCCGCCUCCGGCCAGCGGAAGUACAUCAUCGUGGGAGUGGACUACUUCACCAGAUGGGUCGAAGCCGAGCCCCUAGCAACCAUCACGGAGUCGCAAGUAGAAAGAUUCGUGUGGAGGAACCUCAUAACUCGUUUCGGCCUGCCCCAGUCCAUCGUCACCGACAACGGACCUCAGUUCGCCGGCCGGAAAUUCCAAGAGUUUUGCGCCAGGCACAAAAUUCAGCUGAGGUUCAGCUCGGUGGCUUACCCCCAGGCGAAUAGGCUGGCCGAAGUAACCAACCGGUCCAUCGUCGACGGACUCAAGAAAAGGGUAUCCACUACCCGAUCGGCUUGGGUCGACGAGCUCCCGAGCGUCCUGUGGGCGCUUCGCACUACCCCCAAGACCCCGACCGGGGAAUCUCCCUAUAGCCUCACGUUCGGGACCGAGGCCGUGUUGCCAUCCGAGGCGACCGUCCCGACUCCGCGGACGGCAGGCUACAGCGAAGAAGCCUCGGGCGAAGGGCUCCGAUCAAACCUGGACCUGCUCGAGGAAAGACGGGCCAACGCGCAUCAGAAGGCUCUUUCUUACAAAAGGGCCGUAGCGAGGGUCUACAACCGAAACGUACGACCCCGAUCGAUAAGGCUAGAGGACCUGGUCCUACGCAAAGUCGAGGUCAGCCACCCAACUCAAGUAAGGGGGAAACUAACCCCAAAGUGGGAGGGACCCUAUCGGGUCAUCGGAGUAUCCCGACCGGGAACGUUCCGACUCGCAACAAUGGAUGGCAACCCCGUGCCCAGGACUUGGAACGUACAGAACCUUAGGAAAUACUUCGUCUAG